AUGCGUAAAGCGCCCCCCUCCCCGCAACUGAACGUACGGACGAUUGACCAACGCGCGCAACGCGAUAGCGACCACAUCAAAGAGCUCAACAACCAGCGGCCCAAGCAGCCCUUUUUCUUCCUGAAGCCGCCGUCGUCCAUCCUCCUGCCCGGCGAGGGCCCCCUGCUGCGGCCCCGCGGCACCUCCAUGCACUACGAGGUCGAGCUGGGCUUGGUCAUGGGCAAGACGCUGCGGGACCUGCACCCGGAGGACGAAAAGGGCGCGCUGGACUCGAUUGAAGCCUACCUCCUCGCCAUCGACAUGACCGCCCGCAACGUGCAAGAAGAAGCAAAGAAGAAGGGUCUCCCUUGGUCCAUAGCAAAGGGCUUCGACACCUUCCUCCCCCUCGCCGGCCCCGUCCCCAAGUCCGCCAUUCCCGACCCGCACCGGGCCCACCUGAGCCUCACCGUCAACGACAAGGUGCAACAGUCCGACAACACCGACCUGAUGCUGUUCAGGAUCCCGCGCAUCCUGGCCGAUAUCAGCAGGGUCAUGAAGCUUGAGAAGGGCGAUAUUGUUCUCACCGGGACCCCCAAGGGCGUGGGUCCAGUCACCACUGGCGACGUCAUGAAGGCUGCUCUCAGCUAUGGCGACAAGGAGCUGGCGCGUUUGGAGCUGGACGUCAAGGAUCGCGAAGGCCUCUAUGAGUUCAAGGAAACAUAA